CACCUCCGCAUUUGAUCGCUGUGUGGAGAAAUUGAGCGCACGCUAGACGAUACGUGCUCCACUCGUGUGCUGAGACGGUCCGGUGGAUGGGUAGAACGUGGACGCGUCUCCGACAUGCGGAGCUCCACAUGGAUAUCUGUGCCGGUGGAAUAGGUGUUACAUCCGGUCAAAUUGACACGGAUCAUAAAGCUGGUGCUCAAGUCAGAGUCAACAUCCUACGAUAGCAAGCACUACGAAGAAUCCACAGACUCAGGAUCAACCAACGAUAAUAAUGGCGAAAUCAGAUAGCAUAGCAUUUAUUGGCCUAGGCGCCAUGGGAUUCGGCAUGGCUACGAACUUAUUGAAGAGAGGAUACGAUGUCACAGGCUUCGACGCCUGGGGUCCAACGUUAGAACGAUUCAGAGCAGCAGGAGGGAAAACUGCAGCGACUCCAGCAGAGGCCGUACGAGGGAAAUCCAUCAUCAUAAGCUGUGUUGCAAACAGUCAACAAACACAAUCCGUUUUCUUCACUGGCAAUUCCCGUGCAUGCCCGGAGCUGUCGUCAAAUGCAACCGUUCUCGUCGCAUCCACAGUUUCGAGCGCAUAUGUUCAAGAAUUCUCUCGCCAACUGAUAGCCGAGGGCCGCGAGGAUGUGUUUCUGGUUGAUUGCCCGAUAUCUGGAGGAGUCCAGCGCGCGGCGGAGGGAACGCUGUCAAUCAUGGCAGCUGGUUCAGAUGCGGCCAUCGGCAAGGCACAAAACAUUCUCUCCGAAAUGUCGGCCGAGAAAUCGCUGUACAUCGUAAAAGGUGAAAUUGGAGCGGGCAGCAACAUGAAGAUGGUCCAUCAAGUUUUGGCGGCGAUACACGUUCUAGCAGCAUGUGAAGCCAUGGGAUUCGCAGACCACCUCGGCUUGGACCUAUCCCAGACAAGAGAAGCGGUCCUGAAAUCUGAUGCUCAAUCCUUCAUGUUCGACCACCGUACGCCUAGGAUCUUUACCAACUUUCAACCCGUCGCAAGCGCGUUGACCAUCAUGCUGAAGGAUAUUGGCAUCAUUACGUCGGAAGCAAGGCGCUGCAAUUUCCUUGCACCGAUGUCAAGUAUAGCAGAGCAAGCUUAUGUGACUGCGUUCAGGCAAGGAUACGGGCGCGAUGACGACAGCGGACUCAUUAGGAUUUACACCGGUGAUGUCUCGACAAAAGACGGGAACAACUCUUCAGAACUGGGUUCGAUUGAGGAGCGACUCGCCUUGGUCAUUGCUUUGCUGAAAGGCGUGCAUGUAUGUGCAGCAGGGGAAGCUUUGGCGUUUGCGGCUCAUUUAGGUUUGGACCUCAAUCAGGUAUUGGAUCUUUGCUUGAACGCAGCGGGAGCAAGUCGAAUGCUAGAGCAGGUCGGGCCGGAAAUUGUCAAGAAGCUCACAGGGUCUGAUGUAUCAAAGAAUAGUACGCAACUCGACAUCAUCGCCAAGGAGUUACAACAUGCAGUAGAGAAGGCGAGCUUUGUGAAAGCUCCGCUGUGGUUGGGCGCUCAGGCCAGUAAUCUCCUUCAACAAUCAAAAGGGGGAGAUAUUACAAAGGUAUGGGGUCAGACGGUGUAA